AUGGAUGGAAUACCAGCUAAUAUUGGAAUAGCUGGGGAUAAUGAAAAAGACCUUUCGAUACAAAAAAACGAAAUAAAAUAUGAUAUACAAAAUGAUGAAAAUUACAAAAAAUUAAAAGAAGAAAAAAAAAGAUUAAAAAAAGAUUUAUUAAUUAAAGACAGUGAAAUAAAUAGCUUAAAAAAAGCACUAGAAGAAAGAGAAAGAGAUACAAAAACUAAUUAUAUUCCACUAAAUGAAGCAAGGAAAAUUACUUAUAAAGCAUUAAGAAAAGGGUCUGCAGCACAAAAAAUAGUAAAUUUAAUAAUAGGAAAUAGUAUAAAUUAUAAAUUAAAAAAAAAUGCUUUAAAUACAUUAUUAAUUAAUGCAUAUGGUAUUAUGCAUAAUAAAAAAACUCAUAAUUAUCCCGAAAUUUUAAAAUAUACAGAUUCACAUUUAAAAUUAUUUAGACAGGAACAAUUAAUUUUAUUAGCAGAAAAUGAAAGAUUAACAAUACAAAUGAAAGAUUUAAAAAAACAAUUAUUAGAUAAUAAAAUUGAUGUAUUAAAAAAAAAUGAAAGUAAAUUAUUUUAUUCUAUGUCCAAAAAUUCCAAAAUUUUCAAAAAUAUAAAUAAUUUAGAUAAAAAUGAAAAUGAUUAUAUAGAAUUAGAUGCUGAUCUUGUUGAAAAAAAUUUUAUAAAACUAAUAAAAAAUAUUAAAAUAGCACAAUUCAAAUUAUUAUGUUAUGCUUUUAGAAAAUUAACAAAUAACUUUUAUUAUAAUUCUCAAUAUAAUAAUCAAGGAUUAGGAAUAACAUCAGCCUUAAAAUAUAGUACAGAAAAUUUAAAUAAAAUAUUAAAUUAUAAAAAAUUUAUAAAUUUAUGUUCAGCAUUUUAUAAAUUAUUACUUUAUAAUCAAAACAAUUAUAUAUAUAAUGAUAAAAAUCGUAAUUAUAAUAAUAUAAAUCCAUAUGAAAAUAAUAAUUAUUCUCGUUUGAAAAAAAAAACAGAUAAUAAUGGAAUAUCGAAUUAUGUUUUUAAACCCUACUAUUAUGAUAAUCUUCCUAGUGCUAUGCUCGAUAUAAAAAAUAAAAAAUAUUCAUUUUCAAAAAUCAAAAAUAAUAAUAUUAUCAAAAACAUAAUUCAUAACACUCCAAAUUAUUAUGAUCAAAAUGAUACCAUUGGUACAUCUAUAGAUCCAUUUUUUUAUGAGAAUCAAAUUAAUAAAACCGUUCCAAAUAAUUAUCACCCCAACUAUACACAUAGCAACAAUGUCAGAAAUGGCGACAGCGUCAGAAAUGGUGACAGCGUCAGAAAUAGUGACAUUUCAAAAAACGCAUAUUUCAAUAUUGGGUUAAAUAAAACUAACGAAAAAUAUGAAAAUGUUUCUUACAUAGGAGAUUUUGAAUAUUUAAAAGAGUUAGACUCGUUUGAAAAAGAAAAAUUUAUAGAUAUGUUUAUAACCGAAUCUAAUAAAAAAUAA